CUUUGCUGCCUCUGACACAGCAGUCUACAUUUCUCUACAUCGUUGUCAACAUGUUGGGACCACUCAUCUUCCUCAGUGCUCUUGCUUUUACGCUUGGUAAGUUGCUAUUUGAGAAACUCACAAGCGAUUUUUCGCUUCAUAUAUAUUAGAUGUGGUUUUCUGGUGGGUGUAAGUGUGAAAACGCUUAAUUUGUUUGGAUAACUACGAAUGCAUCGAUGGAUGAUCUAAAUGAUAUAGCGUCACUGAUAUCACGAUGGAAAGGUUGAUCCACAACCGACUACGGUCUGUAAUUCAUGUAGCUAGCCAAUUUAGAUCCCUGUGAGUAUCAUCAGUAAAUCUUGAACUAGAUGAAACGUCUGACAGGAUUACUAAAACGCAUCACAGAUUAACAGUCAUGUUGACAAAGAAUCAGAGAAGAAUUUCUUUGACUUAUUACCUCAAAAAAAUGCAGCCAGAAAUGUCUGACUGUGGACUUAAAUUGGUCAAUAGCCUUGAUGCGAAGAAGAGAACAAAUCAUCGUGUUUGAGUAAUGCAUAGUAAAACACACCUAUGAAUACACCCAUUUUGGGAAAGCAUGCGAUCGCAAGUUAACUGUAGGAAAUUGUGUUUCAGAUUUCUUAUAUCUUAUUCGACUUCAUAAUGGAUGAAGUUAUUCAGAAUAAAAAAUCAUUUUUACGAAGGGCCAAUACAACCUUAUAGUUCGUGAUUAUAAAAUAACCACCGCAAAAUAUGUCGAAACAAAAGAAUUUGUGAACAAUAAGCUAUUCUUUGAAUAAUUUACUUGUGCCUGUAAAACCUUUGUCGACUAUUUGGCCCGGAAUAAUUAUGAAAAAUUUUCCGCACGCUUUACCUCAAACUUCCACUUGGACAUAUUUAUACUCCAUUGUGUGCAGAGCAUUAAUAAUAUGAAUUUAAGAGUCCUUGGUAAGAUUGGUCCUUGCCUACGAAAUGCAAAGCCAUGAGAAACAAGUGAGCAAGCGAAGCGAGACAUGCCCAUUACUUGUUUUAAUGCAGGAAUGUAGCACUGAUUGUUGUAAUCAAAAAGGGCACAAUAUUAAUAGGAGAAUUGUCAGGAAGAUGAAGAGUAUCAAUUUUAUUUUGUGCUACUAAAAAAAAAAAGAAACCAACAGAACAAUCUGGCAACCCCUGGGAAAAACUUGGCACAGACCCAAACCGCAGUUCUAUUGUAUUUUUAGAGUGGCCGUUUGGUUCUUGUUCAGUCGAGUUUAUCGGAUUUGUAAAAAUACAUAGUUAUUCGGAAGCGGUCUUUGUUUUCUGCUUAUCGUCCUCUUUGUUUUGCUGUACAAAAACCUACAUCAUGAUUCUUAAAUUUCCUUAGCGGUUCAACUCAUUUGCUAUUGAACUGAUUCAAAACUGCCAGAAGGUGUAUUUUCUAUUAAUAUUUUCCGCUACUGAGUCAUGCAAGGUUUUAUGCAAAUAUGAUCGCCAAACUGAUUGCUGUUGGCUGUUAAUCGAUUGGUUCGUGAGAAAAUGUCCAGUACGAGUAAUUUACGCAAUUUCAUUAGAGCUUAAACUGCACAAAAGGACAGCAAUACUAACGGAAUGGGAUUUUUUUUUCUCACGCACUCUUCGGAAUUCGGUGUUAACCGUUUUUACUCUCAAGGCACGAAAGUACAUCCGUUAAUCCACUUUUGCUUUCAAUGGCAUCAACAGAAAGGCACUCAAGGCGUGAAAGCGCAUGCGGGAAUCCGCUUUUUCUUGUAUCGGCAUCAACGAAAAGGGACGAAAGCGCAUGCGUGACUCCAUAUUUUCUUGUAUCAGCAUCAACGGAAAGGCACUCGAGGCACAAAUGCGCAUGCGUGAAUCCACUUUUUCUUGUAUUGACAUCAACAGAAAAGCAUUUAAAGGUAUUAAAUUCUACAAAUGCUUUAUAACUGCCUUUCCUCUCGGCAAAUUUCACAUGCGAAAAAAUUUCCACUUGAAGUUAGAAUGAAAUCGUAUGAAGACUGCGCCGAUAUGGGAACCUAAAACAUCGUAUACAUAUUUUCAACAUACAAAUUUCAUUAGGUGAAUCCCGAGAUUGCGAAUGACUCUCAUUUCUAGUUUCAUGAGAAAUUUAUGAAAGAAUGAAGAUUCUUACUGUGCCUGUGACCUCCCUCGGAUACUGACUCCAGCGGCUGGAAAAAUCCAGGAAAUAGGUGGAAGCGGGAAAGAAAUGCAAAAAUGUUGACGUUCGUUGAUUCACGAUCCGUAUUCUUUAUCAUUGAAAGGCGAAAGACAAGAGUCUAAGGUGCGAGAAGCAGGUGGGUGGGGUAUGGAUGCGAAAUCUACCUAUCACUCUCCACUCCCAAAGCAAUCCCUCUUUUCCUCUCUCACCGUCAUGCAUCGUUGUUUUAUUUAUUAAUUUAUUAAUUUUAUUUUUCAUUAGGUGAUUCUCAUGUUACCCAAAUGCGAUGGUGCACAAUCAAAGCCUUAGAACAACAAAAAUGCCAAGAUUUUGUAUCUGCUUUGAAAAAUGUGUCAAGUGGACUCAACAUCACCUUGCAAGCUAGUUGUGUUCAGGGAAGUAAUGCCAUUGAUUGCAUGCAAAAGAUCAAAGACGGACAAGCUGAUCUUAUUACACUGGAUGGAGGAGAAAUAUAUGAAGCAGGUAUAGCAACUUUGGUGUACUUUGUAGAAAAGCAUCAUAAUGUAUUCUCAAACAUUGAGCUCGAAGCUAAUAGUGUUCAUUCGCACGCAGGAAAUUGUAAAAAUUGUGUGCCUCCUCCAUUGGUCGAGUAGAUCACAAUUUGCAAUUCACAAAAGAUUUGAAGAAAGUGUAUAGAGUCUAUAAGUAAACACUAAGAAAAGUUUAAAAUGUUUCAGUGGUUAUGCGAAUGCACGGUUCAGUGGUGGUAUAAAUCUGGAACGUGUAUAAAAACGAGUAGUGAAACGCUUUUCAUUUUUCAUCUCACUCACUUUCACGCUCUCUCUGCACGCAUAAGCUCACAAAUUUGGGCAUUAUGCCUUCGACCUUGAACCCUGAAAACUUAUAUAAUGACGAGUGUUGUGAUCAUGAGUUUAUAGAAUGCACCUUUUCUUCGAUUGAAUCAAGGCGUUCCUAAUGGCCCACCAAUAUCCCCCACCCCUCUCCAACCCCCCAAAUCUACCCCUGCUGUCAACGUAUAGGGCUUGCUUUGGGUAAAGACCCUUCCGAGUUCAAAACACAACAUUUUACUAGGUCCAAAAGAUAAAAUCCAGAUUACAGCUCACAGUUCAAACUGCAGUUUUUUUCCAUCGACCAUGCUGUUAAGCUAAGAUGUAAAUAAUCCCGUUCAAUUUCUUUUAGGUAAAAACUACGAGAUGACUCCUGUAGUUGCAGAAUUCUACGGAGUAAGUACUGGUACCAGUUACUAUGCUGUGGCAGUUGUUAAAAAGUCAGGUUCGGUCAAAUCGAUCAAGGAUCUGAGAGGAAAGAAAACCUGUCACACAGGAGCAGGCAAAACGGCUGGUUGGGUCGUACCAGUUGGUACUUUACUGUCCAAGAAAUAUAUGGAUCAAGACUCCACCUGUAAUCCGUACGUAUCAGCUGGAAAGUAUUUUUCGGAAAGCUGUGUACCAAGUAAGUAGUUAAAACGGAAUCUGUUUGAGUGUUGGAAGCAGUCCAGUAUUUUUUUUUUAGAUUGCUCUAGGUAGCAUGUAAUUGUUAUUAUACAAUAAGCUAAGUUACGCGCGCAUUUUGAUUGAUUUUCAUGAUCUACUGUAAGGCAGGCGCAUAGAUGACGUUACCAUCCGAAACUUUUCGCUUCUACAUGAUAUAAAACGAAUAGCUUUAAUAUUUCUGUGCGGUUGUCUAGAAAUAGAUAACAGAAGACGUCAAGAUUUGGUAAAACGUAAGUGACACAUUCAGCUGCACCUUGGGUGCCAUUUUUGAGUUCUUACCAGUUAUUAUUUUGGAGUCGCAUGUGAUUUCUCACUGUACAGACGUACAGCAACAUGCCAACUAUUUGUUUACUAAAAACUACCCAAUUAAUCCACUAUACAGUCAAAUGUGAAACGAAAACCCACUGUAGCUUGCUCAUUUGCGUUCUUCCGCGCCUUAUCCAGAUCACAUGUGCUCGCAAAGUGUUGGUCAGUUUAUCCGUAACACUGGCCAAAAGAAUCUCAGCCUUUAAGAAGCUCUUUAGACUCACACAAGUGAGACCUGGAAACAAAAUUAACCCUUCGAAAGUCGAAGGGCCCGGAACUAGGUCCUUAUUAUUAGUGCCAGGGUCUAGCACUGACAUUAUUAGUGCUAUACCCUCCGAGAAGAAACGCGCGUCUUGCAGCGCUAAUGAUGGCAUGUUGAAGCCAAUAUAUAUAUGUCAAAUAUUUGUGGGAGAAUAAUGACUUCAACCUAUUUUUGACAGUUCUGCUUACAUUCAUAUUACGUUUUCAGGAGUGAAGGAAGAAAAAAUUGACACUACCAAAAAAAAUCCCGAAAACCUGUGCGCGUUGUGCAAAGAUGAAUGCAUGAAAGAUGGAAAUUAUUCUGGUUACAGCGGCGCGUUUAAAUGCUUGAUGGAUGGUAUGGGUGAAGUGGCAUUUGUAAAACAUACAACCGUGAUGAGCGAUGCACCGGCGACAGCAAAUGAUUACUUAUACCUGUGUUACAAUGGAAUGACUGGUGGUAUGUACUUGUGAGUCCAUAAUUUUCUCCAAAAUCCCUGGUCGAAUAGUGGCUAACUAAAAGUGGCUUCCUCUCCCCAAUCAAACAUCAUAAGGAUUAUAUAUUCCCGAUUUUUUUUUAAUUUCCGAUAAUUCAAGUCAUCAAGCCAUUUUGUUUUUCGAAAGAGGUUCGGAAAAAUGAAUGCAUGUUAGGGAAGGUACGUUUUUUUCUUGAGGGGGGAGGGCUGGGGCCUCAGAGGGGAGGGUCAUCAGUGAAAGUGAGCACCAAAGGGGGAGGGCCAUACCCUCUUUUUCAGCUAUUCAAGGGGAGGGUCACACCUUUUCCAGAAUUUUUAAUGGGGAUUUUUGUGAUAUUAUUUUCCAUUUUUCUUUAACAGACUAAGUUUUUUCUUUAAAUUAAAUUUAAUAACAAUCGGCAAUGCUGAAUUGUCGGAGAAAGAAACGCGUGUAUUUUCCCUUCUACGUUCAAAGCUUUUUAAUUCCUCGAAUUUAUACUUCCAUAUUCAAACUUCAUCUAUAUAACAAAAAGUAAAGCCCGGAUCCCACACUGAUUGUUCGCAUUUUCUUGUUUCAGCGCGCACAUAUUCAAUAUCGAGAUUUAUUCAUAUUCAAAAAUUUUGCAUUUACAAGCAAAAUGUCAAAAAAUGUUCUGAGGUUUCUAUGGCAUGGAGCAUACCAUGUGGUAGUGAGGGGAGGGUCACACUUUUGUCAGUCACCUAAAAGUGGGGGGGGGUCAGGAGUUUUUUAAUCAAAACAUGAGGGAGGGCCAACACUUUCUUUCGGAAAAAAAUACCCAAAUUCCCCAGCCCUCCCCCCCCCCAAGAAAAAACGUACCUUCCCUUACUGGAGUCUUUUUUUUAACUGAGCUGGGCUUCGAUCUCUCCUCCUCCCUACCGAAAAGCUUUUGAAAGCUUUUGGUACACGAAUCAGUCUGUGUGAAAAAGAAAGCCUUUUCUUUCUUAUUUUCCUUUAGAAAUUGGACAGCACAUUAACUGCCAUCUUGCUAAAGUUCCCUCUCACGCCGUGAUGACCAAAAAGGGACACAGCAAAAUGACGACGUAUGUCAAGAUUCUAGUUGAAGCAUCAACGCGUUAUGGGAACGAUUCUGGUGAUGGGUUUAGGAUGUUUGAUUCAUCCAAAUAUUCCGAUGGAGACGAUCUCCUUUUCAAAGAUUCCACCAAAAAGCUGGAAGAUGUCUCUGCUAAGACCUAUGAAGAGUUUCUUGGUGCAGAGUACAUGGGCGAUGUCUCAGCGAUCAACGAUUGUGUGCCUGUUUCAGCUGCCGAAAGUAAGAGGCCUUUCUUCGUUGGCUCUCUCCUGCUUUCAUCGGUGGCUCUGGUGCUGCUCGUUUAAAUAUAAUCUGGCACACGCUGAUCAACCUACGUAAGAGGUGUGCUUUGAGAAAGUAAGAUUAGGAAACUUUCCCGGUUGCCAUCAUGUGACAGGAAAGUUGUGUUCUAUCGGGAUCAACCGUUUCAAUUGCAAUCCUUUUAUGACUAUGACGCGGUAAUUUCUUGGAAUUGUCAUUUCCAUACUUCUCAGCAUUCACGAGACUGAAGGAAGACAACGAGGCAGUCAAUUACUGUCUCGUGGCGCGAUUUUCGAUUAUUUUUUUCCGGUUUGGUUAGCGUAGCGAAAGAGCACGAGUAAGAUUUUUACAGCGAGCAUCACGGACAGGAACUGAAGCAAGCGCUUGACUUCUUUAAGCCCGCGUAACGUGCGAGUAGGCUUUCAUGAUUAACGCUUUGACACGAGUGUUUCUUCACCCGCGGGAAAGUAUGAGGCUUAGAGUAACGCCACCCGGCAAAUCUCUUCCCGACUCGUCUUCAAUCUUCCCGCGGGCGGAGAAACGCGUGUCCUGCAGCGCUAAUAAUUAGGGCAUCCUACCAGGCUACCAUAUAUACAAUAUAACGGCCACUACCCAAGAGUUUUCCACCACUGAAGACCACACCUCAAACGGUUUGCUCCCGAUAGAAUACGUAAAAACCCUAACCAACACAACCAACUGAAAACGAUUGAUCAAAAUAGAACAUGUACGAAAGCUUUUUUAAGUUUUCACGUCGACCUUGGUUCAUUCUAAAUAGAAUAAGCAGGGCCGGCACUAAACUCUGGUUGUUCUCGUUUGUCAGCAGUCAUUUUUUAACACGUCACACAAUGCACCCAGGGUCCUCGCUCCCCGUAUUGAGGAAGGAAGAGGAGGACCCUGGGAACGAAGUUGUAAUAACGUGAACAUCACAUGACAAGUUUGAAAAUGGCUGCAAGCAGAUUGAAGGAGGCAGUUUUUGUCGGGGAUUUUUUUUAGAUGUAUGGGGCUAAUGUGCAUCAGAUGUAGCUUCCUGUCAUCAUUCUUAAAAAGAAUAGACAGAACUAUGUUGAUUUCCUCCUGCAGCGCUAAUAAUUAGGGCAUCGCAUCAGACUACCAAAAAAUACAACGGCCGCUACUCAAGAGUUUUCCACCAUUGAACACCACACCUCAAACGGUUUUCUCCAAGUGGAAUACAUAUAAAACCUAACCAACACAGCCAACUGAAAACGAUUGAUCCAAAUAGAACACGAACGAAAGCUUCUUGUCGACCUUGGUUCAUUCUGAAUAGAAUAAGCAAGGCUGGCGCUUAACUCUGGUUGUCCCCGUUUGCGAGCAGUCAUUUUUGUAACGCGUCACACAACGCACCCAGGGUCCUCGCUCUCCAUAUCGAGGAAGGAAGAGGUGGACGCUGGGAACGAAGUUCUCAUAGCGUGACCAUCACGUGACAAGUUUGAAAAUGGCUGCAAGCAGAUUGAAAGAGGCAAUUUUGUCGGGGAUUUUUUUGAGAAGUAUGGGGCUAAAUGUGCGUCGGAUGUAGCUUCCUGUCAUCAUUCUUAAAAAGAAUAGACAGAACUACGUUAAUUUCCGAUAUCAAAGCAAUUACGUAAGAUAUGUAAUAAUAGAGAGAAAAAAGAAUAGGUUUACUUAAAACUUGUUUCAUUCCAAAAAGGAAUAAACAAAGUAAAUUUAUUUUACGCAUAGGAGGAGGGAAAAUAAAGUUUGUUGUUUCAUUCGAGAAAGAAUAAACAAAGCUUAUUUUUCUAUAGCAGUAAAGCAAGUGGAUGUUGUUAUUCUCUUUUUAGAAAAUGAGCUUUUUGUUUCAUUCGAAAAAGAAUAAACAGAACUAGCUAAGUUGCUGAGAAAACUUGUGUACUUGAUGUUUUAGAGAAAGUUUAGUUCAAGUGUUUCAUCCAGAAAAGGAAAAACUAGGCUAAGUUUCUUUUCUCCAGAAGAAAAGAUAAGUGUGUAUGUUAGGAAAAAAUGCAGUUUUGUUUGUUUCAUUUCUGAAAAAGAAUAAACAAAGUGAAACUCACGUUAUUUGUUCCUUUCUUAGACUUGUAAGUCAUUUCUACUCAAAAAUGAUGCUAGGUGACCGCCUGGGGAGAGGGGUAAGGGCUGGCCAACUAGAAUCGAUAACGCACCGCUGAUAUUUACUUGAGAGUAUAAACAUGCUCUGUACUGCUCGAUCGACGAUGUCUUUUGUAAUCUCAAUUGGUAAGCUGAUCUCUCGAUGCGCACCCAAUGCAUACAUUAGUUAGCAUUUGGUGACUUUGAUAUGAAACACGCUCUAGGGACCAACCAUUUCUAUCGCAACCGCAGAGAAGUAUUCAUAAAAAUGUAUUUGUCUUACCGCGGUCAUGAGUUUUAAAUAAUAACCUCACCGUAGUUUGUCUUCAAAUUUGCCACAAUUCAGCUUGACAAUAGACUGAAUUAAGAAUAACGCAGCUGCCGCCCUGGAUAUCGACAAAAUCUGUAAUGCAGUUCAGAGUAGUUCGUAAAUGUUUUACGAGAUCUCGAAGAAACGAGAAGAAAAACAACAGAUUUGAGACUUAGUUACGACAAAGGUACUUACUGGCCAGAGUACGAGUGCUAGACGAGAUUCAAACUGGGGGCGUUCUUCGUCGAAUUUUAAUCAAAAGUUUCCUGAAAUUCUCUGGCCGUAAGAGAAAGUAUCCAAGAGAAGUCUCGAGGUGGAUUUUAUACGUUUAAUAAACACAACUGAGGUUACAAGGUCUUCGCAGGUUCGCGAGUGAAAGUUAAGAGAACUGAGAGAACUUAGAUUACACGAUAUGAUAAUGUGAGUCCCAGUCCCCGACAAAAGGACAAAAUACUGUUUGAAAUCUCAAAACGUGAUUAGUUUCAUAAGAUCAUAUGCAUCAUAGAAAUUAUAUGGUUUCUGGAGAAUUUAAUCCUUGACUAGUUCCCAGCCUCUCGUCGAAAGGCGUUAACAACUUGUCAAACGAUCGCAGUGAAGGGGAUGACGGGAACCCAUUCGUGACUUUCCUUAAGACACAAGACAUCUGGAGACUCCAUUUGCAGAGUGUAGCUUGCAGUUCAGUGUACGCAUCAUGAUUGGAUCAUUAACUCUACUCAGUGCUCUUGUGGCUUUGCUUGGUAAGUUGAAAUUUUAGGAUGAGUUCGAAGCGGUUUUCUGUUUUGUAUUUAGCUGAGGAGUGAAUGUUCUGACCAUCAAUUUUGAACGUCAGUGAUGGUUUACGUUUCAAUACCUUUCUUUGCGUGAAAAUUCUAAGAUUUCCGAAUGCUCGGCGUUGACGUUCUGUUGUUUUAAAUUCCUGUUUUCAAUCUAUGCAUCAUACAACAGACUCGUUUUAAGAACGCCUUGUAGCUGCUAGUAGAGAGCUUAAAUCAUUUACAUUUCUCAUUUCCUUAUGAUCAAUAUUUGUUACGAUGUGUAAUGGAAAGGCCUAUCAUUCUAAAGAGCCGCGCACAUAAAGUAACGAUUGCAGAAAGUAACGUUCGCGAAUAUUCGUUUCAUGAUUUCCUCGCAAACGUGAGAGCAUCGCGCUGAUACACUUGAAAUUCCGAGUAUUUUAUUUUCAAGUAUUUGCCAUAACCUCACCCGAAACGGAUCGAAUAACACCUAUUUCAACUUGAUUUGUGUGACCCUGUCUCAAAUAUGACGCAAAUGGCGCCUGCUUCAAGGCUAAAUAAAUAUUAAGGAAUUCAGAGAGCUGAAGGAAAGAAUAAUGAGCUGAGUGGAUCGUGGAGAAAGGAAUAUCAAAGCAAAUGGAAUGCGAAAUUUUGCACGAAAAGAACAAGUCAAAUGCUCUUAGAUUUAUCUGUAAGACAAGAUUUUUAACUUCCGCAGACAGUUUCAAUUCACACCGGAUGUUUUAACUGAAGCCCAAAACCAUCACGCGAUCAAAUGUCUCGAGGUACUUUAGCAAAAACUACUGAAAAUCACGCCUUUUUGGAUCUUUGAUUUGUGUUCUUCGUUUUGGAGAGGGGGAAGAAAUUGGCAAACUAUACUACUAUCAAUUUUUCACAGACGUCAGAAAUAUCUAGGUAGCUAAGAUGGCGCCAUUUGCAUGCGUAUGUGAAUAUGUCACAAAAGCUUUCGACUAAAGUUAAAGCCGCAUCAAAUUGUUUGCAGACAUGUCAUUGAAAGUAAUCAGGGAUUGCUUUGGUUUGCUUUACCAUGCAUUGCGAUUGGUCGAGAGAAGUCGCGCGACUCUCUCAGCCAAUCAGCUUUUAACAUCAAACCAAUAGGGAAUUGAUCUUGCGUUAUCCCUCAGCUUAUGUAGUUUGCAUGUCUUUGGUUCGAUUUAAGUGAUUUUAGCUCUGUUGACGAGUGCAUUGUUGUUAAUGGCUGGGCCGAAGACAAUGGCUCGUUCGCUCAAAACGCGCCAUUUUUGAACGCAGCUUCGACAAAAAAUUUUCAAACCGAAAAGGAUAAAGGUUCCCGUUGGCCAAUUUCCGAAAUUAGAACGGAUUCUGAUAGAGAAAAGAUUGAUCUGCCAUUUGCCGUGCGUUGAUUUGUCGUGGCAAGGGUUUUAAGAAAUCACUCUUGAAAAUUACUUUCAUACUAAAAAUGAGCAAAUUUUGAGUAUUUUCAAGAGCAAAAGGGCUAACGCUCGAAAUUCAGCCUUUUAACUCUUUACGGUGGUCAAUUUACGUUUUCAACUCAGUUAAAUUACCAGGUAUUGGGAAUACUUAAACUUAUCAGUUAGUAACUGCUAUCUUGAUCUAACGCAAAAUUCUCGUAACCUUCUUACCAAGUCACAAGUAGUUGCAAGAGAAGAGAAUUAACAAUCAGAUCGUGUGAGUUGAAAGGGCUAACCACGCCAUAACACAUAACUUCGUUCCUGGGAAAAACGUGCCCAGAAAGACAAGACCCUGGGAACUACUUUACCAAAAAAGGAAUGUAGACGGACAGUAACAAGUACCCGAAUGAAAACAAUCGUAACAAAUUCAUCCUUUUAUUACAUCCAUUGUGGCCCUUGUGAUCUGAUUGGCUCUCGGUAGAGCAAUUUAUCCACAAAUCGCAUUAGCUUUUUCUCGCAUUGGCGUCUUUUUUCCCGCCAAAAAACAUCCUAUUUUAGAGUUCGUGCUCCUUCAUUGUGUGACUGGUUGAAUAAGAUAUUAGUACUUACCAAAAGCUUAUAUUUAAUCAAAUCGAACCGGGGACUAUUAAAAUCUCGUUUUCGAUUUUAAAUAUUAUUUGAACUCAACUCAUUUCAGCUAUCAUUGUAAAUCAAAUAUGUACUUCAAGCGACAGUCGUUCGUACAUACUAACAGCUUUCCCAUGUUACUCUCUGGCCUUAAACGCACCCCGAAUCUGAGACAGUUCAAAUGUGAUCAGGCGAAAUUUCUUUGAAAAAAUGCUGUGCCUUAUAGCCGAAAAAAUACGGUAUCUAAAUUAUUUUGUGUUAUCUUGUUUUGCAUAUCACUAGGUCAAGGCCAAGCCUAUCAAAUGAGAUGGUGCACAGUUUCUGAUAAAGAACAGCAAAAAUGCAACGAGUUUAAGACUGUUCUGAAUAAACUGGGGAAAAAUUCCAAUGUUAACGCGGGUUGUGUUCAGGAUGAUAGUGCAAUUAAUUGUAUGAAAAAGAUCAAAAACGGAGAGGCUGAUCUAAUCACACUGGACGGAGGAGAAAUAUAUCGUGCAGGUAUAAUUGUCAUUGUUAAGGAAAAGUUUGUAAUAAGAAAGCUCAUUAUGAUUUAUCUUGCUUCUAAGGUGAGUCUGUUUAAUCUGGUUGCUUUGCCUGGCUGAUUCCGUAUUCAUCAAACAGUAGAGUUUUCUUGACAGUGGAGAUUGCGUGAUAGGUCGCGCAAGGUUUUUUUUUUCUUCGCGGAUUGAUGACGAAAGCUACUACUUGAUUUAAUAUUCCUAGGCAAAGAUUAUAUGAUGGUUCCUGUGGUUGCUGAAACUUAUGGUGAUGGUGACAGCCUCUCUUACUAUGCGGUAGCAGUCGUAAAAAAGAAGAGUACGAUUAAAACCCUUAAAGGCCUGGAGGGAAAGAAAUCUUGUCACACAGGAGCGGGAAAAACAUCUGGUUGGGUUGUACCCGUCGGUACACUGUUGGCCACGAAAUUCAUGACUCAAGACGCCAGCUGUAAUCCGUACGUAUCAGCUGGGAAGUAUUUUAAACAAAGCUGUGUACCAAGUAAGUCAUUAAAUCAUCCGCAAUAAGUUAUUAGUUUACAAAAGCAUCAGAAGCAACCUCGUUCCCAGAGUCCUCUCUCUUCCUCUCUCGAGGGAGGAAGAAAGAGGACCCUGGGAACGAGGUUGCAUUGUGUCUUUGACAUCUUCGCCACUGUUCGUUUUAGUCAGCUCUCUGAUUGGUUACGAAAACUCUCACUACUUAGUCCACCAAUCAAAUGCGAUGCGCAAAACCACCCUAGCCAGGACCACUUGGGAUUUUUCCGCUGUUUACCCCUGAUCACAUAAUUAUAUUACGAUAGGAUACGUUACGAUAACUUUGUUCAUACACGGUGUUUCCAUCAGUCAAUUAAGAUACCAGACUAUUGACCUAUUUACAAUAAAAAUGAUAAAAAUAUUUCAAACAUAGAGACUGCUUUUCAUAGGGGCCAUGUCUAAAAAUUUACUUAAACUCAAAAUAUUACUUAAAAUCGUGGCGAUUCAAUUUAGAUUUGAAAUCGGUCAACGAGGGUGCUUGCCUUAGGUCUAUAGGUAAGUUGUUCCACGGCUAAGCUCCGCUAUAUACGAAAAAUUUCCCUUGAGAUAAUCAAUUCGAGGUUGUGGAAGAACUAGUAAGAACUUGUUUGUUUUCGGUAUUUCUCAAAUGAUAAGCACAACGUUUCGUAUCACAGAUAAUUGGAAAAAAUGACGUUCGGCAGGACGUCAAAUGAACCUUGAGUUUUGUUCCGACUUAGGUGUCGCUCAUAUUUUCGAGCAACUCUUUAAAGCUAAGUUUCAAGUUAUUAUUCUUGACCGAUGUUAGCAAUUAUUGCAAAUAACGAAAAAAGAAGGCCUUUAAUUAACGUUUAUAUAUAAAAAUAUCAUGAAAUUUAGGUAGCAACUUUUGAAUAUUAGGUAGCAACUUUUUGUAUCUUUAGCAAUUUUUUAGCAACUUUUGCCAUUCUAGUGAGCGACUCUUUCCAGCAUUUAAUUAUCCUGGAUUUCUCCAGCCGCUGGAGGUAGUAUCCAUGGAAGGUCACAGAUUCGAUUUUAUAACUGUAAUGAACAGUCACAGGUUUCACAAGGUCUUCGUACGAUCACAGUCAAAGGCUAACUUAAAUCACGUUGUUUCGGAUUGGAAACUAAUUGAGAGCGCUCUUUCCGGUUAUUUGACAUAUUUCCGUAGUCAACGAUUACAUAAUAGCGUAAUGUGUGCCCCAGUCCCCGACUUAACGAGCACAAUUAAGACAGACCUACUUCAAAUCCCUUUAUGUUAAGGGACUUGGAGCGGCCCAACUUAUGCUAAGGGAUUUGAGCUGAAUGGGCCACUUGGCUGAAAUACUGACUUUACCUUAACCUACAACCGAAAAAAAAAAAUUAUAUAUAUCUAUAUAUAUAUAUAUAUACAUAAUAUAUAAUAUAUAAACUGAUUUCGGUUGCUUUGCUUUUUUAAUCAAUUAAAUUCAAAUUUCAAUUAAACCCCCUGAAGAGUGAAGGAUUCACUAAAUUUCAUAAUUUUAUAUUUUUAUACCCUAGGUAUAAUAUAUAUAAACUAAGAACCCCUUUCAUAUUGAUAAAGAUGGUAUUGAUAAAGAUGGUAAAAAUCCCGACAACCUGUGCGCGCUAUGCAAAGACGAAUGCAAGAAUGCGGGAAAGUACUCUGGUUACAGUGGCGCCUUCGAGUGCUUGAUGGAUGAUGUGGGUGAAGUGGCAUUUGUAAAACAUACAACCGUGCCGCCGGCAGAUUCCAGUGAUUACUUGUACCUGUGCAAGGAAGGAGGGACUGGUGGUAUGAACUAUAUUUAAAUCAGAUUAGUAAUUCUUUGUUCCUUCGUUCUACUUCCACUAGAAUUAAUAUUUCUCGAGUACUUUGUUUCUCAAAAAUUUCCAACAGUUAAAACCAAAUUUGGCGGCCCUUCCCUAGUUAUACAUCAUAAUAUCGUUCCAGUUUUUAAAUUUUCCGAUAAUGUAAGCCUUCAAACCAAAUGAAGCAAGUGAUUAUAUUUACUGGUAAUGUGGGCCGGUAUGAUUCUUUUUUAUCUCCUGGUGUUGGUCAUCGGUGUCAUUGCGUCAUAAUAGCCAAUGGAACUAUCAUCACUGAUGGCUUCUUUAUAUAAGCUCUUUCAUCCAGGCUAGCUCAGUUUCAGAGAUUCCGCCUCAAAACUGUUUUUGUUUUUUUUUUUUUACUUUAGCCCGAUGAACGUACAACUCAGCUUUCUGCCUCCCAAAGGCUUAGUUUGUCUGUACACUACUUUCUCUCCUCCGCAUUGAUUUUGAUACACUCAACACAGCAACUUGAAAUAUAUGACUAACAUUUUCGCAAAGAUGUGCAUGAUCAUUGUACCUGUUCGGCACGUCAUUGUGUAACCGCUGACACUACCUGAAAACUCUUGGUACAUGUUAUAACUGUUAAAAAUUUUUUUUUCCUUUUCUUUAAUUUUUUUUCAGCAAUUGGUGAUCACGUUAAGUGCAACUUAGCUAAAGUUCCCUCUCACGCUGUAAUGACGAAGAAGGGAAGCAGUAACAGAGCAAACUACGCUAGCAUCUUGAUAAAAGCAUCGGAUGCGUAUGGAAACUACAACGGGUCUGGGUUCAGGAUGUUUGACUCAAGCAAGUGGAACGGUAAAGAUCUUCUUUUCAAAGAUUCCACGAUCAAGCUUAUAGACGUCAGUAAAAAGACCUAUGAGGAGUUCCUUGGAGACAGCUAUUUGAAAGACCUCGAGGCGUUGAAUGCAUGCCCAACCACACCCACCCCAACCACACCCAUCGAAACCUCAGGAACCAAGCAGAAUAUGCCCUACUUGAUUGGUUCUAUCGUUUUCGUGUUGACAGCUCUGUUCCUGUCCGGAGCUGUAUAUUACUGAAAACCUUUACCAGAUAACUCAUCCAGCUGCAGAUUCUAGAAGUGUGACUACUAGCUUAUGUAAUUUUUUUAUUUGUCUAAUUUGGUAGCUAGAGUUUUUGUCGCCGAUGUCGCUUUGCAGCAGUAAUAUAGCCUGAAAAUUCCC